AUGGCCGACCGGGAGCAGCGGACGCAUGAGGAGGAGCAGCCCCCGACGUCCAUGGCGUCAAGCGCCGGCUCCGCAGACUCGGUCGAGUCCUACUCGGACGACGACGACGACGAUGACGACGACGACGUCUCAGACGACGAAGAGCAUACGAGCUCCGGCGUCGUCGUUGCGGCCGACGACGCAGCCGUCGACGAUGAGCCCGUGACCGUGGCCGCGACGCACUUCCUCCGCCAGCGCUCGCACUUGGCGUCCGAGAGCGAGACGGAAGGCGACGGCGACGAGCUUGCGGCCUACGCCCAGGGCCUCGCCCACCCGGACGUCGUCAAGCUCCACUGCGGCUACGUGCCAUGGACGGACAAGGAGCUCAAGGACAUGGCCGAUAAGGACAAGGUGGUUGUGGAUCUCGACAUCCCUGCGAACCGCCUCUCGGGCAUGAUUUACGCGCUGCGCUUCUUCGUCAUGAAGCCCGGCAUGUGGGGCAUGACGUCCAAGUCAAAGCUCCUCGUGCUUAGCCCGAUGAACCUCUUUGUGCUCGACCCGGCCUCGGAAGCGACGCUCGAGACGAUCGCGUACGCCGACAUCACCGAGGUCACGUCCAGCGACGCGACGUCGCUCACGAUCAACGUCAAGGGCCAGAAGGACACGUACGUCUGCCGCGACAUGGAUACCAAGAACCACUUCCUCUCGGCGUACUACCAGCUGUACUACCGCGAGCGUGCCGACCAGGCGACAACGCUCUUCCAGAACCCGACGUACCUCAUGAAGAAGCGGUCCAAGUCCAAGGGCUCGAGCGCCAACCCUGUCGACAUUCCGGUGCUGCUCGAGGUCCGUCGCGCGUCCAUCGAUCGCCUCGACCUCAAGACGAAGAAGUCGGUCUCGUCGAUCUUGCUCACCAACAUUGUCAAGAUUCAUAAGCUCCGGUCGGACCCGCACAGCCUCAUCUUCUGCGAGGAGCGCGAAGCAUUUAUUGGCGUCCUCGUCAACAACCUUCGCACGAUCGUCAAGGAGCCGCUCCUGACGCAAGAGGUGAGCGACGCGAGCGAGUACGACGCGCUCGUGUACCUCUCGGACGAGCCCGCGCCCGUGACCUUUGAGAUGCCGGUGCUCAAGCUCUCCAAGGCGUCGGCCGCGUCGCAGAAGACGGUGCAUCUCGCGCUCACGCGCACGCAGAUCCUCGAGCGCGACCCGGUCACGCGCCGCACGACGUUCAAGUGCGAGAUGGCCGACAUCUUUAACGUUGUCAUGUACACGGAGGAGCUUGGCGGCGGCGACCACUUUGCGCUCGAGUUCAAGAACGGUCGCACGCGCCGGUACAUUGCGCUGCCUGGCGCCGUCUCGGUGCGCUCGGCGCACAUUGGUCUCGGCCUCGAAAAAGUCGUCGAGGCCGCGCGGCUCAAGGAGCUUCAGGCGGUCGUCAUGGACCCGACGUUCCGGACGUCGACCGCGUUCAAGUCGGCGGGCUCGACCACGAUUCUGACGGCGACGGCGACGCGCAACCUCUUUUUGAGCAACCUCUUUGAGAUGAUCCACAAGAACCACAAGCACGUGAGCUGGUCGACGGAGGAGACGCCGCUUGGCUGCAAGGUCGGCCUCUGGAGCCAAGGCGACGUCGCGUCCGAGUGGGAAGACCAUCUGCUCAAGAAGCUGCACGUGUCGUGGAAGGCGACGCACGAUACGCAGCAGUGGUUUGAUGAGCUCUUCCGCGUCUUGGAGCAGUUCAACAAGAACAUCCCGGUCGGCGGUCUCACGCCCACGAAGAGCGUUGCGCGGCCCCUCGGCGCGCUUCUCAAGGUGCUCGAGUCGCUCAAAGGCUACAUUGUGCUCAAGAUCAAGGACCCGUCCGUCAACUCGCACGCGGCGAUCCCGAGCCCGAUGCUGCAGACGGCGCUGCUGCUGGCGAUCCAGCGCCUUCUCCACACGACGUCGGGCUUCACCGAGAUGCUGCGCAAGGACUACCGCAAGUACAUUGGCAUCGUCAUGGAGUUUCUCUACUCGCCGGUCGCUGAAGUCGCGUUUGCGGCCGCGGGCGUCGUCCAGGCCAUGGUCGUCAACUACUCGGGGGACCGGACCGCCAUCAAGAUGGAGCUGGCGAACCGCAAGAACGUUUUCUUCUCGGAGAAGCGCUGUGCGCUCUUUGUGCAGCGCAUUUUUGACCCGCAGGCCCAGCACACCAACAUGUAUGCGGAUGCGCUCGUGCCCAACAAGGCCAUGAACCGCGUGCUCUCGCUGGAUUUGCUCGGCGCCGACUACCUCGUGCUCUCGAGCAUGCUCCGUACGCUCGAGGCGUGCAUGUCGUCGGGGAAGAAGGCGACACCGGACGUUGUGUUUAGCAACUUGCUGCGGGCCAUGAACAUUGAGUCGUUUGGCAGCCACUACACGCUCUUUGCGAUGAACCGGUCGCUCUCGUUUGCGAUCACCAAGUACUCGUCGACCCUUGUCAAGGUCCAUGUGCUCGAACAGCCGUCGGAGCUUGUCGAGUCGAUCCAGGACUUUGCGCGCGUUCAGGGCGCGCUGCUGUGGCAGCUGUACUUGAGCGUUUCGGGCCACGACCAGAGCCAGCGCCGCAUCUCGAGCCAGCUCCUCGCGCUCCUCACGCACGAAAACCCGCGGUCGUCCAACCUCAUUCGCAACGUGUUUCCGUUUGCGCUGCUCGGCGACGUGCCGGCCGAGAAGAUGUCGUUUGACGAGUUUGGCCGCCACCUCCCGAGUGCGGUGAGCGCGUCGUCGUCCAGUGCGGUGCCGCUCUCGAGCGUGCCGGACCUUGCGGCGCGCGCGGCGCCGGCCAGUAGUCCCACCGACCCGACGGCCUCGGCGCGGUCGCUCCUCAACUACGACGAGAAGAAUGCGAGCGAGAAGGCCCACGCGGGCGUCACGUCCCGUUUUGAAGUUGUGCGCGCGACCAAGAACGUGGUCUUGUACCCCGACUUUUUCGACAAGAUUCGCACCGAGAUGACGCAAAAGGACCUCAAGUGGAACAGCGCGUGCCUCACGGAGCUCCAAGAGCGCCUCAUGGCCGAGAUUUCGGCGCUCGACAUCAACCGUCUCAAGAACUAUUAUUUCGUGCUCGUCAAUCCGAACGAGCGCACCGAGACGCCGAUCGACCGCGCGCUUGACGGCGUGCGUCGCGAGCCGUCGCUGCUCUCGGCGCAGUUCCCGUCCAUGUUUUCGCAGCUCGACUCGACGACGCCGCUGCCCGAGGCCCAAGACGAGGCGGCCGAUGAAAAGGCGGCGGACGAGCACGGCCACGCCGACCACGCCGACAAGGACGCGUUGAGCCGCGUCGCGAUGAAGCCCGUGUGGUUCCUCAACUGGAACGCGAACGAGUUCCAAGUCGAUUACAAGGUCACGGCGGACGAGGUGCGCGUCGGCGCGUAUUACCUCGAGUACCUCCUCGCGACCGACUUGGCUGACGAGAUUGUGGACCCCGAGCCGUUCAUGACGCUCUUGUACUUCCGCCUCGUCGCGUCGUCGUCGGACGACCGCGUGCGGCUGCUCUGCCUCAAGGUCAUGACGCAGCUCUACAACAAGUACGCACCGAUGCUGCCGUCGCUCGUGUUUUUGAACCCGCUGCUCGCAACGACGAUGGACGCGUCGGCGUGGCCGCUCACUGUCCGCGGCCACGUCAUGCUCUUUGCGGAGCGCGUGCUCUCGAACGCAGUGAACGUCGCGCGCUUCCUCUACGAGCCGCGCAACGUCGAGCUCGUGCUCUCGCUGCUCAAGGAGGUGCAGCCGCUCGUGGACCAGCCCGAGGCUGAAAGCAUCGUGCAGACGUGUCUCCUCGUGCUGCUCAAGCUCGUGCACAGCCAGACGUCGCGCGGCGAGGAGCUCGUCAAGACCGAGUACUUUGUCGGUGACGACGGCGCGCCGGGCGCGGCGGUGGGUCCCAUCAGCGCCAUCAAGCAGUGCCUCGCGCAGGACCGCCACCUCAAGUUCCUCGUCACGCUGCUGGCGUACCCGAACCGCAGCGUGUACCGCCAGGUGCUGCACCUCCUGCACCUCCUUGUGCAGAACAACGCGUCGAUGGUGCCGUCGCUUCACGCGACCGGGCUCUUUUACUACCUCAUUUUGAACGCGCGCAACGAAGAGGAGAUGGUGUGGGCCGCAACGUUCCUCGAGAAGAUCCACUUGCGCCAGCGCCGCGUGCACAUGACGCCCGAAGCCGUCGCCGCGCUGUUGAAAGAGUCGCCGGUCGCCGACGAUUCGCUCACGGAGCGCUGCCUCAAGAGCUGGCUCGUCAAGAUCCUUCCAGUGUCGCUCAUUGCGCAGCUCGUGCGCCACGGCGCGGCCAAGUUUGCGAGCGUCUUUUUCGGCACGUCAAACGACCCGGAGACGAUGUGGAACGACGCCAUGCGGUCGCACAUGACGAGCCAAGUGCGCGAGUUUGUCGCCAACCACUUGAUCAACGGCGUGUUUGUGCUCACGUCCAACGAAGACGACGUGGCAACGCCGCUCAUCACGUACCCGGAAGAGGUCUACAUGCUCCAAGUGUACCAGUACUACCUGCACAACUUGCUCAACGAGGAAAAGUUCCCCAACUGGCCGAUCAACGACGUGCCGGCCUUUCUCCGCGCGCUCCUCGAGUCGGUGCAUGCGUACGUGUACCCCUCGAGCCUCGCGAGCAAGCCGAGCUUUGAAGACCUUGGCCUCAUCUUUGACGCGAUCGGCCUCCUCUUCCGCCGCUUUUGGGCGUCGACGCUCGCCGCGUCGAUCCACGAGACGAUCAACGUGUCGACGCUGCUGAUGGCACUCAAGAAGUGCACGGAGACGGCCAUGCCGCAGGACGUGGCCGGCUGGAAGGCGUUUACGAACCUCUGCUUGGUGCUUCCGACCUUGUACAAGAGCAAGGAGGUGGUCGCGCUCUUGAAGGACACGUCCGUGGUUUCGGGCAUCCGUGUCCUCCACGGUGCGCUCUCGACGGCCCACGAGCACAAGGACGCGACUGUGACCAAGUGCUUGCUCGAGACAUUUGAGCUGGUGCUCAAGAGCCCCGUCGGCCGCGAUGCGCUCGCGGUCUCGUCGUCGUUCAACUUGCUGCCGUGCGUAACGCCGUACUUGACGUUUGACGCACCGACCGAGCUGACGCUUUCGGCGCUUCUUGUUGUCCAGAACAUGGCACUCGCGAGCUCGGCCUCCAAGUCGGACAUGCUCGUCGAGUGGCUCGCGCAGAACGGUGUGCUCUGGUACCUCGCGGAGCUCAUUUGCCAAAAGCACGGCCGCGAGGCUGUGCGACGCGAGGCGGCCGAGGCGCUCAAGCGUCUCUUGCGCCAAGACGCCGCGAGCCCGUCGCGCGGCCGCGUCCAGCGCACGAUCGAGCUCGUGUUUACGCGCCCGCUCAUCGACCUCCUCUUGUGCUCGACGGACGCCGACAUGUUCUUGCAGGUCGUGGCCGACGACGUCAAGAAGCCGCACAUGAUGUGGACAGCGUCGAUGCGCUCGGAGCUCCUCGCCCUCGCGGCCCAAGCGCAUGCGUCGGCGCGCGAGAUGGAGCUGCCCGUGCACUUUAUGUACGAGGCACAAAAGUCGGAGUUGCGCGUCGCCGACAUUUACGUCAACUUUUACAACGCGUACCCCGAGGCCGGCAUCCACGCGCUCAUUUCGACGGGCGGCUCCAUGGGCAGCGAGAAGAACUCGGUGCACGUGACGGACCAGACCGAGAUCCGCAAGCGCGUCAUGGCCAACCUCCUGAGUGCGCUCUCGCAUGAUAUUGCCGGUGUUCGCGCGCGGCCCGAGAUCCUCGACGCGGUGCUGAACGACCGCAUGCUCCCGGUCGUGACGGCCGUGCGUCACAUGCUCCAGCACACACCCGAGAUGGACGUGCAACUGGUCGAGGUUGACGGGAUCGUGACGCUCUUUGCUGGCCUCGACCACGACGACACGAUGCUGCGCUUCUCGUCGCCCAAGGCGGCGUUUUUCCAGCUCCGUAUCAUGGAGUGCCUCCAGAUCGCCAUGUUUUCGCCCAAGUGCAUCGAGCGCAUCGUGGAGAAGGUGCCCAUGUACGUCAAGAGCCUUUUCUCACUCGUGUACACGCACCUCCCGAAGCGCAAGGAGUCGGACGAGGGCAUGCUGGCGCGCGUGACGCUCCAAGUGCUCGGGAACCUCUGCCUCGUGCCGACCUGCAUCGACAAGCUCGUGAGCGGCAUGGACGCCGCGGCGCUCACGCACGUGCUGCCGCAGCUGACGUCGGGCAACAACCACAACGACGUCGAGCUGCUCCUCAACAUGCACACGACGGUUUUGAAGCGCCACACGAACCUCUCGAUCGCGUUCGCCAAGGGCAACAGCAUGGGCCCGAUGGUCACGGCGCUCCUCAACUUGCUCGCGGCGCCCGAUGCGAUUGCGGGCAGCACCAAGGCGCCGAUCGCGCGCUUCCUCUCGGUGCUCUCGAUCAUUCCUGGCAACCAAGUGAUGCCCGUCCUCCGCGACUCGAAGCUCUGGAAGGACUACUCGUCGUCGAUGGACCGCGCGUCCAUGUCGGAUUCAUCCUCGGACAUCAAGAAGUGGCUCGUCGUGCCCGCCGCGCCCGCGCUCCUCAAGUUCCGGCACGCCAACCCGCAAAAAAUUGGCGUCCUUUCGAGCUAA